AUGAAGAUGACAAUUUUGGAUCAUCUGGAACGAAUAAAAGAGGAGUAUAAUUUCAUCCAGACGCAAGUACAACAACAGCGAGUGGAAAUUGAGAAGCUCUCACAAGAGAAAGAAGCAAUGCAACGUCAUUACAUGAUGUACUAUGAAAUGAGUUAUGGUCUGAAUGUCGAGAUGCAUAAGCAGACCGAAAUUGCCAAGCGGUACAAUGCUAUUCUGUCACAGAUUAUUCCGUUACUUCCAGCCGAACAUCAGCAGUCAGCUCUUGCGGCGAUGGAUCGUGCUAGGCAGAUAAGUAUGGCUGAAUUACAUCAGGUUAUCGGAAGUCAAGUGCAUGCUCAGCAGCAAUUAGCAAUGCUUCCUGGUAUGGGUAUGGCUGCCCCCAUGAGUCUGGCAGCUCAAGGUCCUUUUCAUCCUAUUGCUGCUGUUGCAGCUGCGGCAGUAGGGAUGGGAACUAAACCAGAGGAAAAGAAUGAUGAUCGCAACUCGAGUCGGGCAUCGCGACCCCGUUCCAGCACACCGGAGACAAGUCAGAAAAGAGUAAAGGUCGAAUCAGAAGAUGGUGAUGGUGAUCUGGAGAUCGAUGUGCAAAAUGAUGAUCCCUCCGUAACAAAUGGUGUGAAUUUGAAAAAAGAUGGCCGGGAAAGUACCCAUUCCGUGUCAUCUGGCGAUUCGACACCCGGCAAAGCACGAAUUUCUAAUACCCUCACACCAGCUGAUGCCAUUGCAUCGAUGGCUUCGUCAGUGCUUGGCAAUCCGGCACUGGCUUCUUUUGCUGGACGAACUGCUUUACCCGCGAUGUUAGAUCCACAUGCGCAAGCUCGUUUCAUGGCUGGAAUGAGUCAGGCUGGAGCCAUGUCAAACGGAAAGCCUGCCUACAGUUACAAAACGACAGAAAGCGGGCAACUGCAACCCGUAGCAUUUCCACAGGAUGCAUUAAUGGGGCCAGGUAUACCGCGUAUGGCACGAAAAGUCCACGACUUGCAACAUGGGGAAGUCGUUUGCGCAGUAACAAUCUCACAUCAAAAUCGACAUGUUUACACAGGUGGCAAAGGUUGUGUCAAGAUAUGGGAUAUAUCCAGAGCGGAAACGUCGAAAAAUGCGAUCUCAACAUUAGAGUGCCUCAAGGACAACUACAUUCGAUCGUGCAAAUUGUUCAAUGAUGGUUCUACCUUGAUUGUUGGGGGUGAAGCACAAACAAUUACUGUCUGGGAUCUGACGACAGAGAAAGUGAAAAUAGAACUUGACAGUGAAGCACAAGCAUGCUAUGCCCUAGCAAUUUCACCAGACAACAAAUUGUGCUUUUCAUGCUCGGCUGAUGGAAAAAUUAUCAUUUGGGAUCUUGACAGCAAAAAAAUGAUUCACUGCUUACCCGGACAUCAAGAUGGUGCCAGUUGUGUUGAUCUUUCAAACGAUGCCGUACGAUUGUGGAGUGGUGGUUUAGAUAAUACCGUUCGUUCAUGGGACCUGCGUGAGCGGGUUCAGUUACAGCAGCAUGAUUUCCAGUCACAAAUUUUUUCUCUCGGAUGCUGUCCAUGUGAUGAUUGGGUUACCGUUGGCAUGGAAAAUAGUAAUGUUGAAGUUCUUCAUGUCAGUAAACCUGAUAGGUAUUCGUUGCAUAUGCAUGAUAGCUGUGUGCUAUCAUUAAAAUUUGCGCACAGUGGAAAAUGGUUCGUUUCAACGGGCAAGGAUAACAUGUUAUGCGCAUGGCGAACACCCUAUGGAGCAUCACUUCUUACGGCUAAAGAAAGCUCGUCAGUGCUGUCUUGCGAUAUAUCUUUCGAUGAUAAAUAUAUUGUCACCGGAUCUGGUGAAAAGAAAGCUACCGUUUAUGAGGUGGGUUACUGA